AUGUCGCAGUCGUACUUGCCGAAAGAUUUCCUGUGGGGAUUUGCAACAGCAAGUUACCAAAUCGAAGGCGCACCGCAUGAAGAUGGCCGUGCUGAUUCUAUUUGGGACACCUUCUGCCGCAUCCCGGGCAAGAUUGCAGGCGGAGAAUCCGGAGAUGUUGCGUGCGAUUCCUACCACCGCACUGACGAGGACAUUGCUCUCUUGAAGGAUAUCGGCGCAAAAUCUUACCGCUUUUCUCUCUCGUGGUCCCGCAUCAUACCACUCGGCGGACGCAACGACCCUGUAAACGAAAAAGGUCUGCAGUACUACAUCAAGUUGGUCGACGACCUCCGUGCCGCAGGCAUCGAACCGAUGAUAACGCUGUUUCAUUGGGAUCUCCCCGACAACCUGCACAAGCGAUAUGGGGGCAUGCUGAACAAGGACGAGUUCGUGAAGGAUUACGAGAACUACGCCAGGGUGUGUUUCAAGGCAUUCGGUUCGAAGGUAAAAUAUUGGAUCACCUUCAACGAGCCAUGGUGCAGUUCCAUUCUCGGAUAUGGCACCGGCCUUUUUGCUCCCGGCCGUUGUAGUGAUCGGAGCAAGAGCGCAGAGGGUGACUCUUCGAGGGAGCCGUGGAUCGUCGGCCACUCGCUCCUCAUUGCUCAUGGUGCGGCAGUCAAGGCCUACCGUGAUGACUUCAAGUCCAAGGAUGGAGGCCAGAUUGGGAUUACGCUCAAUGGCGACUGGACGGAGCCGUGGGAUCCAGAAGAUCCGAAGGACCGCGAAGCCUGCGACCGAAAGAUCGAGUUUGCAAUCUGCUGGUUUGGCGACCCAGUGUACUUUGGCAAAUACCCCGACUCGAUGCGCAAGCAACUUGGUGAUCGCUUGCCUGAAUUCACACCGGAAGAAGCGGCUCUUGUCAAGGGAAGCAAUGACUUUUAUGGCAUGAACCACUACUGCGCCAAUUACAUUAGACACAAGGAGACUGAACCAGAACCUGAAGAUCAUGUUGGCAACCUGGACAUUCUUUACCAGAACAAGAAGGGCGAAUGGAUCGGCCCAGAGACACAAUCAGUCUGGCUCAGGCCGAUGCCUUUGGGCUUCAGAAAACUAAUCAAGUGGCUUAGUGAUAGGUAUGGCGGCCCGACCUUCUAUGUGACUGAAAAUGGCACCAGUCUCAAGGGAGAGAACGAUCUUCCUCUUGAGAAGCUGCUGGACGACGAGUUCCGUUGCGAAUACUUCAGGGGAUAUAUUGGAGCCUUGGCCGACGCUCACACAUUGGACGGAGUCGAUGUCAGGGGUUAUUCCGCAUGGAGUCUCAUGGACAACUUUGAGUGGGCCGAGGGCUACACGACACGUUUCGGCGUUACCUACGUCGACUACAAGGGUGGACAGAAGCGAUACCCUAAGAAGAGCGCGCGCGAAAUCUCGAAAAUCUUUGACAAGUACAUUAGAACGGAGUAG